AUGCAGACCGACGAGGCGACACUCGACCGCCUCGCCGGCGGCGUGCGCCGUGUGAAGGAGACGGCAGUGAACAUCAACGACGAGUUGAACACGCAGGAGCACGUGCUAGACGACAUUGACGAGGGCGUGACGCGGGCCCAGCUGCGCCUCGAGGGCGCAAUGAAGAAGGUGGCUGUGCUGCUCGACUCCGCAAGCGACGGGAAGAAGAUGGCGUGCAUCGUUGUGCUUGUCAUCAUCCUAGUGCUACUCAUCAUGUUUGUGGUGAAGUAG